AUGUGCAAAAGGCUUAGACAAGGAGAUCCGUUAUCUUCGUUUCUGUUCAUUUUGGUGACUAAAGCUCUACAAUUGAUGUUAGCCAAAGCUGAAGACAAUGGGGCCAUUGGUGGAAUUGCAAAUGUAAUCCCAAAUCAGUCAUUCACACACCUUCAAUUUGCAGAUGAUACAAUAAUUUUCUUGAAGGCACGAGAAGACUUUUUGGUAAAUGUGAAGGAUACUAGAUGUUUCGAGUUAUUUUCAGGUCUUAGCAUCAACUUCAGCAAGUCUGUAAUAAUUGGUUGCAGAGUUGAGGAGGCAAAAUUGCAGCGUCUAGCUUCGAUAUGUGAGUGUCAAGUGGGUAAGUUUCAUCGCAAGUAUCUCAGAAUUCCACUUGGGGCUGAUCCUCGUCAUGUCGAUCUGUGGGAGAAGUGGUGGGAAAAAUACGAGCAAAACUAUCAACAUGGAAAAGAAAAAAGGUUAUCCUUUGCGGCAAGGGUGGUUCUAAUAAAUCCAGUCCUGUCAGCGUUGCCGGUUUAUUUUAUGUCGUUGUUUGAGGUCCCGAAAACAAUUGUCCUACAAAUUAAAAAAAUUAAGGAGGAACUUCUUGUGGGGAUCCUCUGA